AAAGAGAAAAGAAAAAUGUUGCUCGAAUGAUUAUGACGGUGAGGAAGAGUCUCAUAAAUUAUAGCAGGGAGGGAGAGAGAGAGAGAGAGGUCGGGUAGCAUGGGAUUCGAGGAUUCACUGCCUUUUUUUGGGAUGUUAAUGGUGAUUUUGAUUCAAGUUGGCAAUAUGGAAGUCAGCAAAGCAGCCAUGUCAGCAGGGAUGAACAAAUAUAUCCUUGCUGUAUAUUCCAAUGCCCUCCCGACGCUCAUCCUUCUCCCACUUUCCUUCAUCUGCUGCAGGUCACAGCGUCCUCCAGUAACUUUUUCCGUUCUUUGCCGGAUUUUCUUGCUUGCCCUGAUUGGCAGAUGUUCCGGACAGAUAUUAGAGUAUGCUGGUAUACAGUACAGCUCUCCCACGCUUUGUACUGCCAUGCUCAACCUUAUUCCAGCUUUUACCUUCAUGCUUGCCAUCAUUUUCAGGAUGGAAAAACUAGAGUGGAGUAGCUCAAGCAGUCAGGCUAAACUUCUGGGUACCAUAGUAUCAAUCACAGGAGCAUCUGUUGUGACAUUCUACAAGGGCCCACCAAUCAUGAUGACACCCUCUUCUAGUCAACUUCUUCUGUCACCACAAUCAAGCUGGAUCCUUGGAGGUAUUUUGCUCACAGCCGAUGCUUUUUCCUACUCUGCGUGGUAUAUAGUGCAGGCAUCAAUCCUUAAAAUCUACCCAGCAGUGCUUGUCAUAUUAUUUCACAUGUUCUUUUACAACACCAUUUUGUCUGCAGUAUUCACUCUGAUUAUUGUCAGAGACCCAGAUGCUUGGAGGUUAAGGCUUGACAUGGGUUUGGUUGCUAUAUUAUACACAGGAGUUGUUUCCUCUGUGUUGCGUGUUAGCUUGUGUACAUGGUGCCUGUCGAGGACUGGACCAUUCUUUUGUUCUAUGUUCAAGCCCGUGGCGAUUAUCUUUGCUGUUGUCAUGGAUGUCUUUUUAGGAGAUGUUCUCUGUCUUGGAAGUGUGAUUGGAGCAGCAGUAACUGUAGUUGGAUUUUAUGCUGUAAUGUGGGGGAAAGCCAAUGAAGAAAAGAUGUACAAAGACAGCGGGGUAGCGAGUUUUGGAUCAUCCAGCGAAAAGAUCCCUCUGUUACAAAACAGAAUGGAAGAAAUAUAGAUGCCUUGUAUGGUGAUUCAUAUGUAUUAGACUACAUGAAAUCUUCCAUUUGACCCAGAUCAUUCUCUCCAUUGAGUUGAGAAUUAUAGACUAAUUUCAUGUUCAAAAAUUAAGUUACGCCCUCAUCAAAGUUAUAUUUGUUCCCUCAUUCAUAUUUUAGCCUCUCCAAAUGAGAAAUCUUAUUUCCGUGUCCGUGUAAUGAUCAGGGCAGACAACCUUGGUAUCUAGCUAGAGUUGGUUGCCCUUUACAUGUAUAAACAACUAAAAUGUGGACUAUUUAUAAAUCGACAGUAAUUUUUCUCG